GUAGCGAAAGAGAGGUUGGUACUGGGACAGGUUCUAGUCGGAUCCUGGUUUUUGAGUCAGGUUUGUCUGCAGAGACAUGAGCGUCUCUUCUUCAUCAUUCUGAGAGCGCGCACUAGAGCAGAGACAUCCACGAGGACGCACAGGAUAAAAAAGAGACCCAAACUCUGGAGUUAGAUCUGAGCAAAGUCUGGAUUAUGACCGAUGUGGAUCAUCCCUGAGAGACAGCAGAUGAUUUGGCUGAGGUCCAGUCCGACCAACACAGAGGGGUGACCACUUCCUACUGACGACCCCCGUCCAGACAGCCAGUGUGGCUGAAGAGGCCUCCUUGGGCCAGCCUCCAUCCGUCAUCAUUUCCUCUUCAAGUUGGUCCCCCAAAAAAGUUUCAAAACUGUUUCUCCAAAGGUUUUUCCAGAAACUCAGACUCUUCUCCAAAGCCCAAGCUGCGCAGCCCUCCCAGUCUGAGGUGAUGGGAAGCGUGGGAGCCAGCCGCUACAGCAUUGUGUCAUCAGAGGAGGACGGGAUGAAGCUCGCCACCAUGGCGGUGCCCAACGGCUACAACAAAAGCAAGGUGCACACCCAGCACCAUCCACAGAGCAGAUUCGUGAAGAAGGACGGUCACUGCAACGUGCAGUUUGUCAACGUGAGUGAGAAAGGUCAAAGGUACCUGGCGGACAUCUUCACUACCUGCGUGGACAUUCGCUGGAGGUGGAUGUUCCUCAUCUUCAGCCUGGCCUUCCUGUUGUCCUGGCUCUUCUUCGGCUGUGUUUUUUGGCUGGUUGCCAUUUUCCACGGGGACCUGGAGAGUAACAGUCACAAGUGUGUCUCCAACGUGAGCAGCUUCACUGCUGCCUUUCUCUUCUCCAUUGAGACACAAACCACCAUUGGUUACGGCUACAGAUACGUCACAGACGAGUGUCCUGCCGCCGUCUUCAUGGUGGUUCUUCAGAGCAUCGUGGGCUGCAUUAUAGACGCCUUCAUCAUUGGUGCGGUCAUGGCAAAAAUGGCCAAGCCCAAGAAAAGGAACGAAACUUUGGUUUUCAGCCACAAUGCCACGGUGGCCAUGAGGGACAACAAGCUUUGUCUAAUGUGGCGAGUGGGCAAUUUAAGGAAGAGCCACCUGGUGGAGGCCCACGUAAGGGCGCAGCUUCUGAAAUCCCGCACCACCGCAGAGGGUGAGUACAUCCCUCUUGACCAAAUGGACAUAGACGUGGGCUUUGACAGUGGCGUUGACCGAAUCUUCCUGGUCUCACCGAUCACCAUUGUCCACGAGAUCAAUGAAGACAGUCCGUUCUAUGACAUGAGCAAACAGGACCUGGAGAACUCGGACUUUGAGAUUGUGGUCAUUCUAGAAGGAAUGGUAGAGGCCACGGCCAUGACCACACAGUGCCGCAGCUCCUACGUGGCAGGGGAGAUCCUGUGGGGCUACAGGUUUGAGCCUGUGCUCUUCGAGGAGAAGAACUUCUACAAGGUGGACUACUCCAGAUUCCACAAGACGUACGAGGUGCAGAGCACCCCGCUAUGCAGCGCCAGAGACCUCGCAGAGAAAAAGUUCAUCCUGUCCAACUCCAACUCCUUCUGCUAUGAGAAUGAGAUGGUGUUGGACAACAAGGAGGACACGGAUGAAGGAAACGGCGGGAGCGUCGGCCCCGAUGGCACCCAGACCGACAACAUCUCAGAGAACGAGCACAGCCAAGCCACGGUGCCGCUAGAGCCAAGGCCUCUGAGACGAGAGUCCGAAAUAUGACUGUCCAGACCUCUGACCUCAACUGAGAGAGAAAUUUAAAAAAACAAAAAAAAAAACAAAAAAAAAACAACUAAUCUCUCUGCUCCAA